CCCACUGAACCGGACCGGAUACAAACUCGGAGUGGAGAGUGGUGCGCAUUGAAGACCGAAACGGUUGUCGCGUACGAUUUUCGGUCUCAACAACCCACUCGCAGUAGCAGUAGCAGUAGCAGUGAGAAGAUGAAAUAAAAAUCAAGAUAUUGGCUUUGAAGUUUGAGAGGUGAGAUGAUGAGAAGGCAGGGGCAGUAUGGUGAUUCGGGUGCGAAUGCGUAUGCCGCCGCUGCUCCGAUGCACCGUAUGUCUGGUCAAAGGAUGGAGCACAAUUCUAGCCAUUUCGAAGAAAGGCUGGAAGCUUUCACUCCACCUCCAGAGAGGGAGAAUCCGUAUGCAACUUCGAAAUCAGAGGACCAGUGGAGAUGGGAAAGAGAUGGGUCCAAAGGGUCAAAUCCAGUGACAUCUCAUAUGUACAAUGAAGGUCAAGGAGGUGAUACAUCAAGAUCUUAUUUCCAGGGUCAAAGGCCUGAUUCAAAACAUUCUUUGGAGAAACAGAGCAGCAGCAAUUCCCAAUCUCAACCACUUAAUGAAGCUAUGGACCUUGGAUAUGAGGACAAGCCUUCGUCGCAGACUUUUGAAGAUCUUGAGAAGAAGUUCCUUGAUGACAUUAAAAAACUAGUGCAUGAACAAAGUGAUGCUGAGGAUGCGGAAAAUGCUAGGCAUAGAGAGAAAAUUGGCGUGGUCAAUGCUCAAUACCAAGAACAGCUGGCAGCACUUCGGGCACGGCAUGCUAAACGUAGAGAUGAAUUACUUGAGAAGGAAUCAAAUGCCCGACAGCAUCAGUACCAGCAAUUGGUGAUAGAUCGUUACCCGAACAGCAGCAUGGGCGCCUCUGAUCAUCAUGGGUACAGUGGAGUUGCAGCCUCGGCUCCUGUUGGUGAAGCACACCGAGGGUAUAAUACUGAUCAACAUGAUUCCUACAGUGAGAGGGCUCGAUUUCUUGGGGGUUCUCGGGAUCAUCGGUUUGAGCCUAGAAGUCCAUAUCCUGGAGGUCGUGUCUAUGAUACUGGUUCACGGUAUUACUGAUUGAGCAUUAUGUUAAUUUUCUUGACCAGGCUUAUGCAGUAUUGGGUUAGGCAGGUUGUUAUAAUAGUAAGACUCAUAAAAGUGAGUUAUGUUUUGACUAGUUUUUGGGUGUUGUUUGGCUGAAUGAUGUCACUGAGACUGUGAAAUGGUUGCAAGAGAGAAUACAAUGUAGUCUUUUGACUA